AUGAAAAAAAAAACCAAAUUUUUUUAUUUCUUUUUUUUCAUUUCUUUUUUUUCGGGUUUCUUUUUUUUCUUGUCUCUUAUUUUGGGGUUACUUUUAUUUUGGUUUCUUUUUUCUGGUUUCUUUUUUUUGUUUCUUUUUUGUUUUUGUUUUUUGCAUUUCUUGUUCUUUUUUUCGGGUUUCUUUUUUCGGGAAUCUUUUUUUCUUUUUUUUGUUCUUUUUUGCAUCUCUUUUUAUUUCUUUUUCUUGGGUUUCUUUUUUUUCGGGUUUCUUUUUUUCUGGUUUCUUUUUUUUGUUUUUUUGUUUCGUUUCUUCAUUUUUUCUUUUUGGGUUUCUUUUAUUCGGGUUUCUUUUCUUAGGGGGUUUCUUUUUUUCGUGUUUCUUUUUUGUUUCUUUUUUCCUGGUUUCUUUUUUGUUUCUUUUUUUGCAUUUCCUUUUUUUUUUUUUUUUCGUGUUUCUUUUUUCGGGAGACUUUUUUUGGUUUUCUUUUACUUCCUUUUUUUUCAUCUCUUUUUUGGUUUCUUUUUCUUGGUAUUCUUUUUUCGGGCUUCUUUUUUUCUGGUUUCUUUUUUAUUUCUUUUUGUUUCUUUUUUUUGCAUUUCUUUUUUGGGUUUAUUUUUUGGGGGAUUCUUUUUUUGGAGUUUCUUUUUUUCAGGUUUCUUAUUUGUUUUUUUUUCUUUCUUUCUUUUUGAUUUCUUUUACUUGUUUUUUUUAUAUGGGUUUCUUUUUUUCUGGUUUCUUUUUUUAGAGUUUUUUUUUCUCGUGUUUCUUUUCUUCGGUUUUCUUUUUUUUCAGGGUUCUUUUUUCGUAUUUCUUUAUUUCUGGUUUCUGUUUCUAGGGUUUCUCUCUUAUUGGUUUCUUUUUUUGUGUUUCUAUUUUUUGGUUUCGUUUUUUCUGCUUUCCUUUUUUCGGAUUUCUUUUUUUGUUUCUUUUUUUCGUGUUUCCUUUUUAAUAGGUUUCUUUUUUUCGUAUUUCUUUUUUUCUGGUUUUUUUUUACGCGUUUCCUUUUUUUCGUGUUUCCUUUUUUGCAGGUUUCUUUUUUUAGUUUUCGUUUCUUUCUGGUUUCUUUUUUUUGGGGUUUCUUUUUUUGUUUCUUUUUUUCGUGUUUCCCUUUUUAUAGGUUUCUUUUUUUCGUAUUUCUUUUUUCUGGUUUCUUUUUUACGCGUUUCCUUUUUUUCGUGUUUCCUUUUUUACAGGUCUCUUUUUUUCGUAUUUCUUUUUUACGGUUUUCUUUUUUUCGCGUUCAUUUUGCCCGGGUUUCUUUUUUUUUCUUUUUUUUUCUUCCAUAAGGUAAAUAUUUCUUUUUUUCCUUUCUUUUUUCUUUCUUUCUUUUUUCUUUCUUUCUUUCUUUCUUUUUUUCUUUCAAUCAUCUACUUCUUUCUUUUUUCAAUUAAUCUUUUUGUUUUUUCUCUUAACCUAUUUCUUUCUUUCUUUCUUUCUUUCUUUCUUUCUUUCUUUCUUUCUUUCUUUCUUUUUAUACAUUCAAUCAAACCACUUCUUUCUUUAUUUCUAUCUUUCUUUCUUUCUUUUUCAACCAAUCCACAUCUUUCUUUCUUUCUUUCUUUCUUUCUUUCUUUUAACCUACGUGUAUCGUACCACAACACUUUCUUUCUUUCUUUCUUUCUUUCUUUCUUUCUUUCAUUCUUUCUUUCUUUCUUUCUUUCUUUCUUUCUUUCUUUCUUUCAAUCAAUAAAUCCACUUCUUUCUUUCUUUCCCUUAACGUACAUUUUUCUUUCUUUCUUUCUUUCGUUCUUUCUUUCUUUCUUUCUUUCUUUUAAUCAUCGUCUUCUUUAUUUCUUUCACUUUCUUUUUCAAUCAUACAAUUCUUUCAGUCUUUCUUUCAAUUAA